GGGUUCUCAAGGGCAACAAGCUCAGCAACGUCCACAGGAGGGUAAUAAUAAUCCAUGGUAUGCACCAUCUGCAAGCAGCUCUCCCGGGUCUUCCCGUCCCGCAACUCCUAGUCCAAGCUCUUCAGGAAGCUUUGGUGCCCAAAGACCAACAGAUAGGCCAAGCUCAGCAUCACACGUUUCCCCUGCAGAGGCUGCAUGCAUUAUUAAUGCUUUAAAGGAUAAGAGUGUUGAUGAGCUAAGGAAGCUUCUAUCUGGCGACGAUGCUUAUCAGAACUUCUUACUUUCACUUGAGCCUGUCAAAACUCAGAAUAAGAUCAGGGAUGAGCUUCGGAAUGAAACUCUGCAGCUUGCUAGGGAGAAUUUAGAGAAAGAACCGCGGAUAAUGGAGCUUAGGAAUCAGUGCAGAAUCAUCCGCACCACUGAAUUGGCUGCUGCUCAAGAAAAGCUGCAUGAACUGGAAAGGAGAAAAGAAGAGCUUUUGAAAUUAUACUCUCCUGCAUCACUCCUCCAUCUGUUACAAGAUGCCAUGAAUAAGACUGACGAGGAAUCUGAAAGUCUACACAGACAGUUUCUUGAUGGGGAAAUUGAUCUUACAACAUUUGUGCAGAAGUACAAAAAACUGCGAUACAGUUACCACAAACGUGCACUCACACACCUUGCUGCAAAGACAUCUGUAACUGGCUGAAUGUUGCUUAAUAUGAUGUGUGUGAAUAUUAUAGCUGAGCCUGCCUUUGCUGCUAAAACUACGUGUAUACGAAAGACUGCUUCAGAUGUAAUAUUGUGAUUGAUUUCUGCCAGCUUGGCCUGCACUGUGUGCUUGAUAUAAGAGAGGACUAUUCAAUUUUUCUGAUAAGACAAGACAAAUAUUAGAUUAAUUGUGGUAUAUAUGUCAGAAAAUGAUCAAUCUCAUCUUAUCUCGGAUCUCGGCUUUAACAUGCCUGUGUAGCUGGUGUUUACUAUUGCU